CGUACCUAUUCUUUUGUAUAUUAAACACGAGUUGGCAGCCCUGCUUCUCGGAGCUGAAAAGACUAGAAAUCAUUCCGGGAUAAAAUGCAACAGUUUAGCGCCCGAGAGAAGUAUCUGGUGUCCAACACCUUGAAUUGCUGGCCCGUAAUGCUCCAGGGCCACUCCGUGCUCAUAGACCUGCAUAAUGAGACGUCAGUGGCCGGGAUCAUAGACACCGCCGAUGGACACAUGACCUGCGAGCUCUCGAAAGUGGUCUUCAUUGAUCGCAACGGAGGACAACAUCUCUUUGAUCACUUCAUGGUGCGCAACCGCAUGAUUCGCCAGAUUCACAUACCCAACGACCUGGACGUGGAGCAGGAGCUGCGCCAAGCCAUGGAGCGCGGAGUCUUGCGAAGAAAGCGAAUAGAGACCAAGGGCGGAAAGCGAACCUUUAAGCAAAAACGGGCGGAGAUGCGGCAUAAGGAAACACUGCUGAUGAUCUCUCAGCAAAAAGAAGCGGAGAAGAAAAAACUAGAUACCUAGACUACAUUGAAUAUAUUACCACAAAAGCAUGUUUAUUUAUUCCAAGAAAUACAAACUUCGUUCGACAGAA